GCCAAUUCGUUUUUCAUGAUUUUUUUUUUUUUAAACCAGGUCACCUUAUCGGAUGGAGAAAUACGACAAAAAGAACAAAAAGAUGCUGAACUUGACAAAAAGAUUCAGGCUCUCAGGAAAAAGAAUGAAGCACUUAUCCGAAGAUACCAAGAAAUAGAAGAGGAUAAAAAGAAUGCAGAGAGAGAAGCAAAGGCUGGGACAUCUCAAAGGCCUAAAAUGGACAGCCUGACUAUUACAAUAACAAAAACACCCAAUGAGAAAAGAGUUGUAAAUGAGAGCUGGAGAGAGUCUAACAUCAUUGAUGAUGAAGAUGAUGAGCACAGGUUCACACUUCAUAUGGGAAACCAAAUGCAACUGGCUGUGACAAUGGACAGUAAUGUCAAGGGUAGACGGACAGUAACUAAAAAGACAGACCAAGAUUCCCUGGAGGUCACAAAAGCUUUGUCUGAUGUAACUCUAGAGGAUACAGAUCAUCUAUUCACUUACGGCAGAGGGCGCCGUAUGCAUAUUGCAAUUACUAUGGAAAAAGAAAAAGAAAAGAGAAAGAAGGAGAACAGCAGAAUGGAGCCCAAGAAAAUCUCUGAAAAAGAACAAAUUGUCAAGGUGGUUGAGAAGAUUUCAAAUUCAGACUUGACCUUAACAAUGACUGGAAGAGAGCGUAUAGAAUACCUGCGCUGGAAGAAAGAAAGAGAGCAAAUUGAUCUUGAACGGGUAGCACGGCAUAAGAAUUCAAAAGGGGAAUGGAGACGUGCCUGGGAUAUGGACAAGAAAGAAAAUAUGUUUGAGGAUGAUCUUCCUGUUGAAACAUUCCCAAGUGGAUACUGUGGCAGGAGAGGAGACAGUGGAGGAAAAGAAAUUCAAAUUAGACAGCUUGUGGCACAAAAGAAGGGUGUUUCUGGCAAGCAAGCUGAGACUGUUCCCAAAACAAUACUGGCUAUGGGCAGUAAAGCACAGGGAAAGGACAGACUGACAGGCAGAGCCAGAAGGUGUGAUAGCAUGGAGAGGAGCUUUGCUUCUUGCGUGAUGGAUGAAUUGAAUAUGGAGGAGCACACAGAUUUUGAGGAUAAAGUCCCAGAUCCCCUCACAGACAGGGAUAUGCUUAUAUUGACCAAGGAGAAAUUUAAGGAAGGUAAAACCUUUACGGCAAAUAAAAAUCCAAAAGGCAAAUUGUCAGCAGAAGAUGUUGAUACAGCAAGUAACUGUUCCAGGCAUUGCAACACUGGAAUCUCAAAUUCUUGCCUUAAUGUUAAAACUUAUUCUGAAUUACAGUCAGAAAAUAAAAUGUCUUAUGCUUCAGAAGAGAAAAUUGUACCUGAAAGCAAUCUGCACAUUCUGCUUCCAGAGAAGGAAGUGAAAAAGGAAAUGCCCUCAGAUUUACCCACAGAUGGUAUAACAGUCCUUGAAUAUUUGUCAGUGGCGAACAAUGACAGAGAAGUUACUCGUUUUGAAAAUCGUAAAGGAAAGCAGGAGCUGGAAGCUUGAUAUGAGUUGAUCAAAACAAAGAAUUGUUGUAAUGAAACUAGAUGGAUUGUUCUCAAAUUAAAACAAGGACUCCUUUUAAUUACAUGAACUGCUUCACUACUUUAUUUAUUUUUUUGGAAGCUUGAAAACAUCAGUACAGAAGAUUGCACACAACUGUUUGGACAUUUAAUUUUCUCUCAUUUUCCGCAGUUUUCUUUUAUUUAGCCCCUGGCUGCCAUAGAGGGUCGCAAAAUGUUUCACCAGUUUAGAUUUAACUUGCGCUCCCAGUGAGAGAUUUAGUAAACUAGCUUAGUCAUAUAGAAAUCAUAGAGUUGCUAGAUUAAAUACAUAAGCACAGCAUGUUUUUUGCCAAGGUAUACAUGUGUGUAUGUGUAUAUACAAGGCCAAUUGUGAAAAAGUUUGGACAGUAAGAAAAAUGCAAAAAAA